AUGCCUACCAGUCGAAGCAUGCUCUUAGGUACAGCCAUGGUGACCAUAUGUCACAACGAGAGCACCUUCAUUGUCAGAGCCCUGAUUGAUUCAGGAUCUGAAGCCACCUUCGUAAGCAAUAGUCUGCAAAAACGCUUACAUCUGGCAAGCAAAAAGAUCAGCGCGCGAGUUUCAGGAUUGAAUAAUACCGUAUCAGGACGAGUUCAAUCGCAACAACAUCAGCAGCAUCAACACCAGCAGCAUAUACAACAGGAUGGCAAAACAAUUGAUGUGCCCGGCUCAUCGAAUCACCCCAUACACAUGGUGGUGCAUUUCGAGCACCCGGCGUUGGGAUGCAAUCGCACAACGGUGACCAGAGAAUCCAGCUUUCGACCUGAAUCCACUCCGGAAAUACCAAACGUCACUAGUUCGAACCCUGAAAACGCUUCCAGUACCGCACCACCCACCCAAAGCACAAAUACAACUCGGCAAUCCUACACAACAACUAUACAGUCCACUAAAUCAUCAACCCAAGACCCACCCAAUCCAAGUAGGAAGCAGAUAUUACUCGGUACUGCAAUGGUUCAAAUAGAACUUAAUGGCCAACGAUAUUCCGCGAGAGCUCUUAUUGAUUCAGGAUCGGAAGCCACAUUUAUAUCUCGAAGACUUCAAAGAAGUUUGGAUAUACCCACCCACUUUGCAUCAGCCCAAGUGACCGGACUAAACAAUGCAGUUUCAGCAACACCAACGAGUAUUUGUGAAAUCACACUUUGCUCACCCUUAAACACCAAUUAUAAGCUAUCAGCACAGGCAUUUAUACUAAAUAGCCUAACUGAUAAUUUACCCUCAUACCCCAUAGAUCCAAAGCAGUGUCUUAAAAAUCUUGGAUUCACAUUAGCCGACACUCAAUUUCACAAACCCAGACCCGUGGAUAUACUAAUCGGUAGUGAUGUCUAUCCCAGUAUUUUACUCAAUGGAGUAAAGCGAAACGUACUAGGUUCACUCUUAGCUCAAGAGACAGAAUUCGGAUGGAUAUUGUCCGGACCCAUCACCCAACCCACCCAUAGUUCCACCAUAGUUUCAUUUCACAAUAAAGUGAACCCUGAGAAUCUACUCACACGUUUUUGGGAGGUGGAGGAAAUCCCAAAGGAAUCCGUAGUUUCCAAAUCAGAUCAAAUUUGUGAGGAAAUUUUCCAAAAAACUACCCGUUGUAAUUCAAAUGGGCGCUAUAUAGUAACCCUACCCUUCAAAGAACCCGACAAUAUUGAUAUCGGAUACUCUAGACAUAUAGCGUUGGCCCAAUUCCUCCGAAAUGAACGAGCUUUACUUAAAAAACCCGAAGUGAAGGCAGAAUAUGACAAAGCAAUUAUGGAAUAUUUGGAACUCGGACAAAUGAAGAAAGUGGAGUAUGACCCUUCUGGUAAAGCGACCCAAUAUUACUUACCACACCACGCAGUCAUUAAACCCGAUCGUAUAACCACGAAAUUACGUGUGGUAUUUAAUGCAUCUUGCCCCACGUCAAAUCACAAAAGCUUGAAUGACGUCUUACAUAUCGGGCCUACUUUACAGAAAGACCUUGUCAUUCUGAUCACAAAUUGGCGACUCUUCCAAUUCGUUUUUAAUGCGGAUAUUCAGAAAAUGUACCGGCAAAUACUCGUAGACCCUAAACACACUCGUUUCCAAAGGAUAUUAUUUAGGAAGUCCCCGGAAGACACAAUAGAAGACUUCGAAUUGCAAACAGUCACGUUCGGCAUAAAUUGUGCGCCGUAUCUAGCGAUCCGUACCCUCAUGAAGCUAGCCGAUGAUGUUGAAGAAACCCACCCAUUAGCAGCCAAAAUACUUCGCCAGGAAAUGUAUGUAGACGAUGUUUUAGCUGGAACUCAUGACCUGACCACGGCAAAGUCAGCACGAGAUGAACUCAUUUCCGCUCUGAAGACCUCCCAGGAUUCGCUCUGCGAAAAUGGACCUCCAAUGACCCACACAUUCUUCUGA